CGAAGAUGGACCGAGCAAAAACCAGAAUUGACGUCGAAGGCCAUGGAGCGCGAACCGUGUCCGUGGCGUAUCCUGGAAGACAUGGGCAGUGCCUUCGGCAUGGGUGCCGUGGGUGGCGGCAUCUUUCACUCCAUCAAGGGCGCCCGCAACUCUCCUCCCGGGGAACGCGUUCGCGGCGCUGUGUUUGCUGUCAAGGCACGCAGUCCGAUGCUCGCGGGGCAAUUUGCGAUCUGGGGGUGUCUGUUUUCGUCGUACGAUUGCUCGUUGGCGGCGAUCCGUCAGAAAGAAGACCCGUGGAACUCCAUCUUGGCCGGUGCCGCCACCGGUGGGACCCUAGCCAUGCGUUCGGGACCGCGGGCCGCGCUUACCCAAGCAGUGAUCGGUGGGACGUUGCUGGCUCUCAUUGAAGGCUUGGGUAUUCUACUGGGUAAAAUGGUUACGCCUCCGCCACAGGAAUUCACGGACGAGCAUGGCGUCGACACUAGCGAGCAGCAGUUGGCGCCGCCCAGUUUCUAGACGACCCCGCACCAUAAUAGAUUUAGAUUUUUUGCGUCCA